UCAGGAAGUGUUCUGUCACUUCGGCGCUGAUUGUGCAGGCUGCUGCUGCUGCUGUUGUCCGUCUUCAUUUAUACCACUGCUACAUCAGAGGUAUGACUAUAAUCCAACACACCUGCUGAAGAUCUCUGCCCUCCUGGACAAACACAUGGACACAGACACAUCGAGACAACAUGGGCUCCAGACUAAAACAAAACCCUGAGCGAACCUUCUACUGGUUCUUUGAAGCAACUUGCCCCAUAGCCAGAGACAAAGAUCCUGAUGUACUGUUUCAGUUUCCAGAGGACUUCAAUGAUGAGGAGUCUUGUCAAACAUUACCCAGGUUCUGCUUCCCGUAUGACAUACAAAGAGUGAGGGAUGGAGUGGUUGUGCAGCACUUUACUUUUGUUUUGACUGACCUUGAGGGAUGCCAGCGGUUUGGCUUCUGUCGUCUCACCAACAGCACACAUACCUGCCUUUGCAUACUCAGUUAUCUUCCAUGGUUUGAAGUGUUUUACAAACUUCUCAACAACUUGGCUGAUUACCUCACAAAAGGACAGACCAAUGAGAUGAAAGCUCUGCUGGCUGCGCUCUACAAGCAGCCCAUACCACUGGCAGCCGGAUCUGUCACUCUGCAGAUGGGAGAGCAGCUAUUGGUCAGCACAGAGGUGUCCCAUCCUGUUGGACACCCAGAGGGAGAAGAGGGGGUUCCAUACUUCAUUGCUCCAGAUCCCAGGAGUCUCCCUUCCAUCCCUGAAAAUAGGAACUUGACAGAGCUGAUUGUGGCAGUAGAUGUGGGGAACCUGCUGCAGCUCUAUGCCAGCAUGCUGUUUGAGAGACGCAUCCUCAUCUUUGCCAGCAAACUCAGCACUCUGACGUCUUGCGUGUAUGCACUCAGUGCUGUGUUGUACCCCAUGUACUGGCAACACAUCUUCAUCCCUGUCCUGCCACCCCACCUACUGGACUACUGCUGUGCACCUAUGCCUUACCUAAUUGGGGUCCACACCAGUCUAUCUGAGAGGGUGAGGAGUCGUGGGUUGGAGGAAGUAGUAAUUCUGAAUGUGGACACAAACACUCUGGAAACCCCCUUUGAUGACCUUAAAAGGAUACCUUCAGAUGUGGUAAUAAAUAAUCUUUGUAUGGCCGGGUUGAAGGUGUGUUUGAAGCGCCAGGCAGUGUCUCCUGGCUGCGGCGUCUCCAGGGCCUUCCUGAAAGCUCAGGCUCUGCUGUUUGGAGGCUACAGGGACGCACUGCAGGGUCACGAGGAGGAUGAAAUGUGGUUCAGUGAGGAGCUGUUUCUAGAUCACAAGUCUUCCAGUAUGAGGCAGUUCCUACAGAAUGCCAUUCAUUUACAGUGCUUCAAACAGUUCAUUGAUGGCCGCCUGGAUAUUCUGAACAAAGGGAAGGAACCAGAUGAUCUCUUUGAGGAGGAGAUCCUUAAGUGUGAAACAACUGCAGGAAGAAGCAAAUCUUAUCAACAGUUAGUUGGUAAUUUAAAGAAGGGGGGAGGAGCGCUCAUCCUUAACAUGAAGUCCAAAGCAAACAUGAGGGCCAAAGGUCUCGCCAAGUCUGGUUUGAAAAAUCUGCUGAUGCACAAGGCCCACAAUGAAGACCACACCCUUCAGAGAGGAGGAUCGGUGUCACACCGUCGUGUCCAAUCAGACUGCUUGCAAAACCGCCUGCCAAUCACACAACACUUUGGGAAGUCACGUCCCCGUCGGCCUGUUCACAAACUUAGGGCUCCCAGAGACGAGGAGAACACAAAGGACACUGGAGAUACAUGGGAUGGAGCUGUGUCGGGGACUGUAGUCGAGCAUGACUCUGAGCUCCAGAAGGAUGAAGAGGAGGGGGAGGAUUCACUGCUGUGUGACUCGGAGGAGAUGGAUCUGCUUGGGGAGAUCUUUGACACGCUCAGCUCCCGCAGCUCCCACGAGCGUGGCCUGCUGUAUGGCACGCGCAGCCUCGACCUGUUUGGACCGGACAGUCAUGACUAUAUCACGAAGCGCGGUUUUCCAGGCAAUCCCAGCCAGGAGAGCCUGUCACUGUCAAUCAGUGGCAGUGGCAGCCUGCACAGCUGGAAUCUGGAAACCACAGAGGAGCUGUCAGACCUGACAUAUGACUCUGAUUGGCUGUGCGUGGACACCAGCGUACCAGAGGAGGAGGGGACAGAGAGUCUGCUGUCAGCACAUGAAAUGGGGGAGCAAGAAAGAGGAAAGGGGGAGGUCACAGAGAAACAGGAAGAAGUGAAGGUAGCAAUAAAUGGGAACGAAGAAGAAGAAACAGACAGCAGAAAUAACUUUAAGGAAGUGAAGUUAGAGGAAGAGAGAAAGAAAGAUGGUCAGGAAAAGAGUGUGAGUUUUGGAGAGGACCCUGCUGUGAAAGAAAUGGCAGAGAAGCGAGAGGAUGAUGGGCUGAAAGAAAAGACAAAAGAUGGGCAAAAUCGGAGUGUGGACGUAGUUGAGGGACAAAAGGAACAGACAGAAAAAGGAACGAAUGAAAUGCAGAAAGGUGUAGCAAGAGAAGAAGAGGGAAAUCAGAACCAGGAGGAGAAAGGCAAAGAGGUGACAGGAUCUUUAAACACACUGAAUCCCCAUCAUCCCGACACUGUGGAGGAGCAGCAAGAACAGGAGGACAAUCUGAAACCCACAGCUUCUCCUGGGCCUCAGAGUAUUAUUGUUGACCCUGAACCCCCAGCAGGUCAGGAAAAAAGCAGUGAAGAAGCAGCAAAGAAAGAGGAGUGGGAGAUGAGGCAGAGCCCCGCUCCUCCUAAAGUGCUAUCUGCUGUAGCACGCUUCCAGUCUCAGGCGUAUAGCCAGGGCUUUCAGGUAAAGUCCAGGACAAAGGAAUUGGCUGAACCUGGGAGACCAUGCAGCACGUUUCGGAGCAGGGAGAAUGCACAAACUCACCCGCCACGUGACUCAAAUAUAUCAGAAGAGAACAACCGCUCAGAGGGGCAGGAGGAAAACCUGCCUCCAAUCAAAGUGUCUGAACUUAAGAAGAAAUUUGAAGCUUAAUGGAUAAGGCUGGUGACAUUCUAGUUUUUCUUGCAGUCAACAAAUGAGAUGACCCACGUCAUAUCUGUGACUCUCAGCCCUAAGCCCAUUUGUUUCUAUUGAAGAUCUUUGAAAACUGAGUAAAUAAAGCAUUUGUUUGGGACUAUUUUCAGCCACAGAUUUGAUGCGGUAGUAUUUACAGCAGCAGUACGUGUAUGGGGGAUUGAGUCAAAAUAAACUUCAGUGUGUGUGUUCAUUGUAAUGGAGGAACAUGUCAACCAGUGACAGUGUAGCUCACUGAUGUGUUUAAAAGUUUUUGGCCAAUAUGGUUUAAUAUUUUUGAUCUUUUUAUAGGAUUUGUUGACAAUAAGAAAAACAGAGAAAAUCACCAGACUUAUGUCCAAGGGCACAAACUGGCUAGCAGGUCACCUUGCCAAGAUAUUAAAUAUUUAAACAGAUUUUUGUUUGUCUGAAUAUUGUAUACCUGAUGAAAUGACUUACACUUAGAAUUAAGGCAACUAGGAGGCAUGUUUGAAAUAAAGAAAUUCUCUAACA